AUGCCCUCCCACAAAUCCUGCACCAGCCCCAGCACCCUCUGCGGCGAAUGCAAGUCCAUCUACGACGAACUAGUGAAGAAGGCAUACGAACGGUUCCAGCCAGAACAGAUCUUCCCCAGCCCGCGCGUCCACACCCUCGUCUUCGUGAAGAACUGCCGCCCCGACCUGCAAUUCCAAAAGUACUUCGUGCCGCUCGCCGUGCGCCUCCGCACGGUCCUCGGUGAGAUGACCGGUGAGCGCCCGGAGAUCGAUUGGCAUAAGGAGCUGACGAAAGACCGGAACGGCAAGGAGGUGCUCCGUGUCAAGGUCCUGGUGAAUGCCGCCAAGCCUGUUGAUGUUACGACCAAGCUUAUGGAGCGGUUGUUUGGGGCCGACGAGCUUGGGGAUAAGGGGUGGAAGCGUGAGGAGUUUGAGGGGGAUGAGUGGCAGACGUUGCAGCGCUUGGUGUUUUAUCGGGCUGUGCAUCUGUGA